UAUGUAUUCAUUCGAAUAGGUUUUUAAGUUUUGAAAUUUUAGAUUACGGUUGGCAACCUGUGGGCGCCAUUAUUAAAUUGAGAGAAAGUCGAAAUGUCUGACGAUGAAGUACGUUUGGAAAAAGAAAGGCAAGAAGACCUUAAAGAGAGAGAUGAAUUUGCCAAAAGGUUAAAAAAUAAGGACAAAGAACACACGCGUAAUAUUGUCGAAAGAUCAGACAAGAAAGCUUACGCAGAAGCAGCCAGAAGGCUUCAGUUAGAGGCUGAAGACAAGCAGAAAAUCGUACCAAAAUUACGUGUCGACUCUCGACGAAAAUAUUUAGAAAAAAGAAAAUAUGAUAAAAUUACUGAAUUGGAAGCUGAUAUUGAAGAUGAAUUUUUUCUCUUCUCGGAAACCAAACUUACAAAACACGAGAAAGAAGAUAUUAAAUACAAAAAGAAAAUCCUUCGAUUGGCAAAGGAACAUGAAAAAGCGAGAGAAUUGGAAAAAAUUCAGAGAUAUCACAUGCCAGAGGAAAAUAGGAAUAAGAAAGCUGAUGAAGCAUAUGUAGAAAUUGACGAGAAGGAGAAAGUACCGAAUGCAGAACAAAAGAAAUGGGAAGAAGAGAGAUUGGGAAUUGCGCAGAUGCGUUUUGGUGCACGUGAUGCAAAAGAAAGGUUCUUGGAGAAAGAGAAGCAGUAUGAGUUAGUUCUCGAUGAUGGAAUAGAAUUUGUUAAAACUUUUAAGUUACCUGGAAGUAAAGCAAGAGAUCAGGAAGAUAAUGAAGUUGUAGAAGAAGAGGUAGAAAAGCAUUCCAUUCAAGAAACGAGAAAGAGUCUACCGAUAUAUCCGUUUAAAGAUGAUCUUCUUGAUGCUGUAGAAAAUCAUCAAGUUUUGAUAAUUGAAGGCGAAACUGGUUCUGGCAAAACAACUCAGAUUCCUCAAUAUUUACACGAGGCUGGCUAUACAAAUGAUGGAAAGAAAAUCGGAUGCACGCAGCCUAGAAGAGUAGCAGCAAUGAGUGUGGCUGCUAGGGUAAGUGAAGAAAUGGGUGUUAAAUUGGGAAGUCGAGUUGGUUAUAGUAUUCGUUUUGAAGACUGUACUUCGGAAAGAACGGUUUUAAAAUAUAUGACAGAUGGAAUGUUAGUCCGAGAAUUUCUGUCUGAACCGGAUCUUAAUUCUUAUAGUGUUAUCAUAAUUGAUGAAGCGCAUGAAAGGACCUUACACACUGAUAUUCUUUUUGGAUUGGUUAAAGAUAUUGCACGUUUCCGUCCAGAUUUAAAGUUAUUAAUAUCGAGUGCUACGUUAGAUGCUGAAAAGUUCUCCAAAUUUUUUGAUGAUGCUCCAAUAUUUCGUAUACCUGGUCGUCGCUUUCCUGUUGAUAUUUAUUAUACAAAAGCUCCUGAAGCUGAUUAUUUAGAUGCUUGUGUUGUCACUGUGUUACAAAUACAUAUUACACAACCUUUAGGAGAUGUGUUGGUAUUUUUAACUGGCCAAGAAGAAAUUGAAACUUGUCGAGAAUUGUUGUUGGAACGAACGAGAAAAUUAGGCUCUAAAAUAAAAGAAUUACUUAUUCUACCAAUUUAUGCCAAUUUACCAUCUGAUAUGCAGGCAAAGAUUUUUGAGCCAACUCCACGAGGUGCAAGGAAAGUAGUGUUGGCUACUAACAUUGCAGAAACAUCAUUAACAAUUGAUGGCAUUAUAUAUGUGAUUGAUCCUGGUUUUUGCAAACAAAAUAGUUAUAAUGCCAGAACAGGAAUGGAGUCAUUGGUAGUAACUCCUAUUUCUAAAGCUUCUGCAAAUCAGAGAGCAGGCCGUGCUGGAAGAGUGGCUGCAGGAAAAUGUUUUAGACUUUUUACUGCAUGGGCUUAUCAGAAUGAAUUAGAGGAUGAUACUAUUCCAGAAAUUCAGCGAGUUAAUCUUGGAAAUGUUGUUCUUUUAUUGAAAUCUUUAGGAAUAAAUGAUUUGUUACAUUUUGAUUUUAUAGAUCCGCCUCCACAUGAGACAUUAGUAUUGGCAUUAGAGCAGUUGUAUGCAUUAGGUGGACUCAAUCAUUUAGGUGAGCUCACAAAAUUGGGGAGACGUAUGGCAGAAUUUCCUGUAGAUCCAAUGAUGUCAAAGAUGAUAAUAGCAUCUGAAAAGUAUAAAUGUUCAGAAGAAAUUUUAACUAUUGCUGGCAUGUUAUCUGUAAAUAAUGCAAUAUUUUAUAGACCUAAAGAUAAAAUCAUUCAUGCUGACACAACUCGGAAGAACUUUUUUGUUUCAGGUGGUGAUCAUUUGACUUUACUUAAUGUUUAUAACCAAUGGGUCGAAACCGAUUAUUCCACUCAGUGGUGCUUUGAAAAUUUCAUCCAGCAUCGUUCGAUGAAAAGAGCUAGGGACAUAAGAGAACAAUUACAAGGACUAAUGGAACGUGUUGAAAUAGAUCUGGUUUCAAAUCUUACCGAUACAGUUGCUAUACGAAAAUCGAUUACAUCUGGAUAUUUUUAUAACACAGCUCGUUUAUCCAAAAGUGGUCACUACAAGACAAUAAAACAUCAGCAGACUGUUAUGAUUCAUCCUAAUAGUUCACUUUUUGAAGAACUUCCACGAUGUGUAAUAUAUCAUGAAUUAGUUUUUACUACUAAAGAAUAUAUGAGACAAUUGAUAGAAAUCGAGGGUCAGUGGUUAUUAGAAGUUGCUCCACAUUAUUAUAAACCAAAAGAUAUUGAUGAUUCACAUAUGAAAAAAAUGCCAAAAAAUACAGGAAAAUCACGAGUAGAAUUAGAACGAUAAAUUUUAAUAAACCAUCUUGUAUAGUGAUUAUAUUGUUGUUAAUGAUGUUCAGUACAUUUGUAUUAAAAUAUUUUUUGUUAUUAACAAGCAAUUAUUUAUUGUAACAUCGUCACAAUACCAGGCUGCAAUUUUUAAUUUAUUUAAUUUAAAAUAUAU